AUGCCAGUAGAUUAUAUUGAAUAUAUUCUUAAUAAUCCAACAAUUGCGCCUAAUUUAUACUUUGGCCCUAGUAUUAUAUAUAAUGAAAAACACAAAACAAUUAAGUUUGCACGUAUUCGUAGUGUUGUUAAAGUUAAUAAGAGUCAAUUACUUAGAGCUGAUCUACUUGUUCUAUAUAGUGGGCUUCCUGGACACUUGUAUAAUAUGAAUAGAAAAGCAUAUAGAAUGAAUAUGGAAGAACUUUGGCUUGUUGAAGGACAAACCGAUUUGCCCCAAAGUAAUAACCUUGCUAGUGUGCUUAGACAUAAUGCAAAUUAUGGUUGCAGAACUUGUUUUGUAUCUAGUAGCCAAUUAACAAACUCUAAUUUGAACUUUAUUGCGAAUGCACGCUUUUACCACUUAACCAAUAUACAAUAUAAUAAAAUUGUACAGCAACAAACAAACUCUGCUCAUCGACAACUAUCUAGUCAAUAUGAACUUAGUGCAAAGCCAGUUCUUGAAACUCUUUAUUGGAACAGACAUUUACAAUCACCACAAGAUGCUUAUCAUGCACUUGCUGAUAAAGCUACAUAUUUUCUAGAUAUAACUCUUAGAUAUUUAAAUACUAAUAAAGAAGUAGCUUGGCUUAAGUAUUGA